AUGGUUGUCUAUUCACCAAUUGCUGCUACGUAUGGUUCUCGUAUUGAACAAUUUGUUGAGACAGAGUCUGAUUUCAGUAAAUAUCACGAUAAAUUAAACGUGAAAUUGAGACAUCUAAGACAUCGUUGUAAGAUAGUUACUAAGGAUACCAGAAAAUAUAGCGCCAAAGAAAAGUACUCCAAGAUCACAUCUGAUGAUUAUGACAAGAAGAACAAAUUAUUCGGUGCUUUGGUCUUAAUGCAUUCCGAAAGAGAUCUUUCCUUUGCAGAGGCCAUCAAACUCAGAAUCCGUCAAAGAGGGAAACCAAAAGGUGGUGAACAGAAAUUGCUAGAAACCAGAUUGAAGAAGGCCUACAAGACAUCUCAAAAUCUCCUUAAGAUAACACAAAACGAAGGUCAAUGGAUCACUCGUGCGCAAUAUCUUGCCUACGCCAAAAUUGUCCAUGCUGAAUAUUUGAUAUUUGGGAAAAAAGUUAAGACUAAGAACAAUAAAUUGAUAACUAAGGAACUAGCUCUAGCUUUAGCUGCAUGUGCAUUUUUAAAAGACAAACAAAUAUUACCAACUGACAUUAUCGAUUAUUUAAACACCAGAUAUGAAUAUACUUUGACCCAAUAUGGUGAGGGUAUUACAUCCGCUGUUGAUGUUCAUAAUUUUGUUAGCAAGAUUGUAGAGGCAGAAAGAGAUACUAAUGACGAAUUGGCUAGUUUAUUGUUCAAAAAUGGUUACAUAACAAAGCUUGAAGAUGUCGAAAUGGAAAAGGGACCUGUUAACAAUAAGAUCGAAUGGAGAGCUUUUAACUGUAAAAUUAAAGAUAACCAAAUUGCUCAAUUAAUUAAUGAUGUUUCAGUUGUUCAAAUCAAAGACAUUGCUGAUUAUAGUUCCAAACUGUCUAAAUGGGAGGCCAUUCUAAGUAAACAACAUGACCGGAUGGCACGUCAAGUUGGUGAUGAAAUGGAUGUCGAAGGUGAUGAAAAUAUAGAUAAUGAGGAAAACGAAGAGAUUUUACUAGCUUACAUUAAGUUCCAAACAAUUUUUACUUCUAUUUCUCGUGAUGCUUCGUUAUUUAAUAAGUUAUGGAAACAAUGGGAAAAAUUAGGUUCUUCUAUGUCAUCUAAAUUAACAAAAUACAAGGAAAUCGAACGUAUUGUCAAAAAUUUGAAGAGUUAUUUAAAAGAGGUUACUGAACUACCUGGUAUAUACUCUGAUGAUGAACUGAUUUUUCAAUUAGAACUAUCUAUGGACUAUUUCCAACUGUAUUUAAAUGCUGGUUGCUUAGCAUCUUUAUACCAAUCGAAGGGUAAAUAUAGAGAAUCACUUGCUAUUUAUGUACACUCAUACCAAACUUUACAAGGAAAAUUACAAGUUCAAAAAAACACUCCGUUGAUAAAUUUGCCUGAGGAAUUGCUAACUGAACAAGCAUUAGCUAAAUUAGAUGACAUGAUUAAGACUGGGUGGAAGAGUGUUAUUGCUUUGGCUGAAUAUGAAAAAGAACUGAAUACUUCGUAUAUUGUUCAAAAAUAUCAACCUACUGUUAUAGAGAAGAUUGAUUCAAUAUCUGUGAAACCAAGUGAUGUUCAUCUAAACAAUUUAUUCCCUCUAAGACCUAUUGUCAAACCUGUUGGAGCUAAGCCAACUCUAUUUGAUUUAGCAUUUAAUUACAUCGAAUACGAAGAGGAUGUUAAUGCAAAGACCAAAUAUAAUGAGACUGUAGAAAAGAAGAACCUUGAUGGUGAACAAAAUACUCCAGAUGAUCAACCUGCCAAGAAGCGUGGUUUCCUAGGUCUGUUUGGCCGUUAA